CCGUUAGGCAUAAAAGAAGAAGAAGAAAAAACGGAAGAGAGAUUUUAUAACAAAAUAAUCAAGAUGGGACUGGCAUCUAUUCAUUCUAUUUUGGUGAAACGCAUGGCAGCAGUAGCCGAAGAAAUAUUUGACGCUGUCAAAGACAAUAUAAUUGAAUAUGAGCAGGAGAUAGAGCGUCUAAAGCAGGAGAACUGUUGUCUCAAGAGCAGACUGACUCACAAUCGAAACGGCGUUUGUGCAGAAACACGCCAUGAUACUCAGAGAGAUGGAGGUCUGCAAGGUCCAUUGGGCUCAGAACUCUCAGAAAUCCAAGUAAAGAUGGAGGUUGCCACUGUGAUGUCCCAUGAGCCUUUGAGACAAAUUUCUACCAAUACUUCUCCCCUUUCUGAAGGUUUUAAAUGGCAGGAACCCUCUCACUGUCUCUCACUUCUGGUGUCGAAGAAUGAAAAUAGUGGUGGUACAGAUACACAAUCAUCAAUCACAGUUAAGUCAGAGCUGUGUGAUAAUCAGGCUGAUCAUUCAUACUCUGCAGUGCAAAAUGGCAAUGAUUGUCAUGUUGAACUUCCAGCACCUGAACAAGAUCCGCCCUCUCUUCAACUUCACAUUGAAAGUUCUGAUGAGAUGUCACAAAAGGCAAUUCAAAAUCAUCAAAACACAUUCAUUUGCAAGAUUUGCAGAAAAACUUUCAGCACUAAAGGACGUUUGCAGAGACACUCUUUAGUGCACCAGAAUGAGACCUCUUUCUGCUGUGGUUCAAGUGGGAGUCGUUUUAAAUCGAAAUUCCACUUGAAAGAACAUGAGAGACUUCAUACAGAAAGGAGAGCAGAGGAUUGGUCUGAAGAACCACUGGACUCACAGCUCUCCCAUGUGGAAAUAAUUCUGCAGCCAGACAGUGUAAAUGUGGAUACAAACCCACGAACCUCUACUAAAUUAAGUCUUUCUGAUCAGGGCCCUGGGAAAUAUCCUUUCUAUUGUAAGAUAUGUGAUAGGCCAUUCAAACGUCACAAGACCAUGAAAAACCACAUGUUUUUACACCAAGGUGAUCGAAACUACCCAUGUAAGUUUUGUGGCAGAAGAUUCUAUAAGAGCUGGCAUCUUGCAGAGCAUUUAAGAAUUCACACCGGUGAAAAACCAUUUGGCUGCGAUAAAUGUGGAAAGUGGUUUGUUCAGUGGAAUCAGGCAAGAUCACAUAUAAUCAAGCACCAUGAAGGAGACAUGUCACUGUUAUUAAAGGAAAAAGCCUAAACCUGUAAAUUGUCUCUUGUUAUCACCUCUUGGGCAAAGAAAUUAAAAUAGUACUGUUAAUUUUGAAAUGCAGAUGUACAUUUCUAAUUAUGUUACACAGAGACAUUUAUCUUAGGUUUUAUAGAUGCACAUACUCCUAAAUCCUAAAUCUCAUGUCUGUCAUUUUUAAAAAGCCAUUUUGAUUACAUUUUAUUUAAUAUUUUUUACAGCAUUUUACACAAUGUACAUGGUUUCAAAACAGCUUUACAAAACAAUUUUUUGAAGUACUGAUAUAUUAAAUUUCUUAGGUAUUCAUUGUGCAGUUCUUGUUAAUGCUUCAUUAAACAUUAUACAUUAA